GAGAAUGCCCUUCCCGUUUGGACAAGAGAGCGUGGCUCACGCAAGUGUCAAAGACUCUUCCAAGUUCCGACGUUGGGUGCAUUCAAUUAAUUUGGCAGAAAGGGAUUUACACACAAUUUCCAUUUAUAAGGGAACCAACGCGUUCAGAGGUGCUGGUCAGAGCCACGAGGGGGCAAUGUCUGACAACAGUGGUGCUGCCAACAGCAGUAGCUGGACUGUCCUCACAGCUGAGGAGACUGUUGCUGAGACACUGAGUCCUGUAGCGGAAGGAACAGAACACCAUGAAGAUACACCCAGUCAUACUGCUGCAGAGAAACCUACAGAGAGUAGGCCUGGGGAGGAUGCCGUGUCUGCUGAAGAGUCUCACUCUGUGAAGCUACAGCAGGAGACCCAGGAAACACAACCAGAGAGAGCCAAGGAUUACACCCCUGUUGUAGAGAGUCCCACCCAUGACCUUCCUUUUGACCCUGCCCCUGACUCCACCCCUGCCCUUGACUCCACCUCUGCUAGUGUUGCUCCUCCGAGCUCUCUGUUAGAAGUCCUCGCCCCCACAGGGCUUGACUCAGAUACACACAGCCAAUCCAGAAGCCUCCCUGGGAACCCAGCCCCUCCCAUCUCUGACCCUGAUUCGUUCUCUGACUCCUACACCCACAUUAGCUCCUCCCCCGACCUUGAAGAGCCCCCUGCCUUGCUGCUCAACACUGAGCAGGUGGGGCUUGUACAGGAAGCGGAGGGGUAUGUACAGGAUGUGCAUCAUCAUUAUGAGGAAGGCCUUGGGCAGGAAGAGGAGGAGUCUGAUCUGUCUGAGGUCAGGGCCAAGACAGACUCCCAUCUGGAAGCGGAGGUGGUGGGGGAGGAGGAGGAGGAAGGGGUGUCCGGGGUGAGGAGGAGGAGGAGGGGGUCUCUCCUGGCGGCUCUGGAGCGGAUCGGAAGGGAGGAGGAAGAGGAGGAGGAGGAUGAGUUCCGGAUUCCGCAGCAGAGGGAGCAAGAGGAGACUGGUUUCUCUCUCAACAAGUGCAUCCUGGGAGCUGUCAUACUGCUGGGCCUCGGAACCAUCAUCUUCUCAGGUGUCUUCAUGGACCUGGAUGGUGAGGGGGACUAUGAUGCCAGGGAGCUGAGAGAAACAGAGGUGGUGGGAAAACAGGAAUGGCUGAAUCCUGAGGUUCCUCUUCCACCACCUGUAGAAGUUGACAGUACAGACCAACUGAAUAAACUGGCUAAAGAAGACCCACGGAUAGCUGUACUGCAAGCCCAACUACUGGAACAGAAAGAGGAGCUAAAAGUAGCCCAGAAGGAGGCGGAGGAUGGAGGGAAGGAGAGAAAGAAGAGGGAGGAGGUGGAGAGGGAGCACGGUAGGCUGAAGAAAGAGAUGACGUCGCUCCCUGUCCUUCAGAAGGAGAACGAGAGGAUGAAGAGAGAGCUGGAGUCUGUUCCUGUCUUACAGAAGGAUCUAGAGACACUCAGAGCCACAGUGACUGAACUAAAACACAGCACAGCCAAAGAAGCAGCAUCACCUCCAGUCUCUGCCUCUGUCCCGCCCCCCUCUGGCCAAGCUGGGGAUUACAGCCAGAACACAGCCGGAACAAUAGAGAGGAAGGUCAAGAAACCAGGGAAGGGAGAGAAAACAGAGUUGAAGGAAGAGAAGACGGAUUGGAAUAAGGGAGGGAAGACGGAUUGGAAUAAGGGAGGGAAGACGAAUUGGAAUAAGGGAGGGAAGACGGAUUGGAAUAAGGGAGGGAAGACGGAUUGGAAUAAGGGAGGGAAGACGGAUUGGAAUAAGGGAGGGAAGACGGAUUGGAAUAAGGGAGGGAAGACGGAUUGGAAUAAGGGAGGGAAGACGGAUUGGAAUAAGGGAGGGAUGACGGAUUGGAAUAAGGGAGGGAAGAAGGAUUAUAAGGUUGAAAAAGAGUGGAGAAGUGGAAAAUAUGACCAGGAGAAAGAAGGAAAAGAGGAGAAAGAGUGGAAGAAGAAAGAAGACAAGAAGGGAGAAUGGAAGAAAGAUAAAUCUAGCAGAGGGGAUGAGGGCAAACCAUGGAAGGACAGAGGAAACAAGAUGGAAUGGAAGGAGAAGAGUGAGAAAAAAGACUGGAAGGUGGAGAAAGAUUGGAAAAAGGAAAACCCUGAAAGAUGGAGUGAUAGCAAGGAGUGGAAUGGAGAGAAGAAUGGGAAAGAGGAGAAACAUCUAAGAAAAGGAGGUUGGAAUGAGGGCAGGGAUGAGUGGAAGGGAGAGAAGGAGUGGAAGGGAGAGAAGGAGUGGAAGAAAGACAAGGAUGACUAUAAGGACCUUGGCAAAGGAUGGAAGGAGAGAGGAGAGAAAAGGGAGUGGAAGGGGGAGAAGGAGUGGAAGAAAGACAAGGAUGACUAUAAGGACCUUGGCAAAGGAUGGAAGGAGAGAGGAGAGAAAAGGGAGUGGAAGGGACAGAAAGAUUGGACAAAGAAAGACAGAAAGAAAGACGUCAGUAAAGAGUGGAAGAGUAAGGACAACAGGAGAGAAAAUGAGUGGUCGGAUGGAAAUAGAAAGAUGGAAGGAUUGAAGGAGGAGAGAAAUGGUGGGAACUGGAAAAAGGACCGGGGGAAUGACAAGUACGAGAAGGACCACCACCACCACCACUACUCUAAGGAAGGGCAGAAAGAGAAAGAGAGGAGAAGGAGAGAAAAGGGCCCUCCCCAAACCCACCGAAGACCCCCCCUUGAGCAACCUGACUACUGGAGUUACCAGAGAGAACGACUGCAGCACAAACCCAACCCUCAAACCCACUGCAGUUCAGUGGAGGCCUGCGCCCAGGCAGAGGGGCUGCUCCCUGUCACCAUGCCGGAGUUUGAGGCCCUGCUCCUGGGUUACCUGGUCAAGGCAGAGAGGGUGGGGGUGGAGGCCUCCAAGAGGGAGGAGCUCCGUAAGCUAACCAAGGAGUUCUUCAGUGACGGAGUGUUCGUUCACGACCAGAUGAGCUUCAAGGACUUUGUGGAGGAUGUGGAUGACAUCUUAGAGGAUAUGGUGGAGGAUGAGGAGGUAGAGGAGGAGGUUGAUGACUUCGAGGAAGAGGCAAUGAACAGGUUUUCAGUUCCAGGGGGAGGAGAGAGGGAGAAGUGGAAGAAGGAUAGUGGGAGAGGACGGGUGUGAUGGAGUGAGAAAGGGAGUCAAUGCAUGUCAGGAGGAGCGGAAAGAUAAAGGAGGAGGAAAAUAGAUGGAUGUGCUGCAAGGUAGAAUUUAGGAGGAGCAACACACACAUACACAUAUAUAUAUAUAUAUAUAUAUAUCUAUAUC